GGAAGGACUAUAAAAAUCCCUCACGAAUAUGAAAACUAAAAUUGUCAUAAUGCCAAUGAUAGGUAUAUCUGUACUGUAAGGAUAUAAUAUGUAGAUGUAAACGCAAUUCCAGCGUUGAGUAUGUGGUAGCUGUCCCUGGAUGUUCAGAUGACUCGUGUGCCGUAGCAGCUUUGCCGCAUGAUUGGACGCCUCGUCGCAGUGGACCUAUCCUACAGGAUUAUCUCAAAGAUCGUGAAUACAGGUACAAUGAGUUAAUGUUUAAAGUUAGUUAUAAUGAUGCCCAAGUUAUUAAUAUGGAAAUUAACUGUAAAAUAAAAACUAUGGGAGAAAUUCUUCUAACAGAAAUUGAAAAACAUCAAUAUGACAUCGAAGAGUUUGUUAAAGUAAUUAUACCAGAAGAUGUAGUUCUUGAAAGUAGCAAGCAUAAUGAAUGUUUUAAAAGCAUUACUCAAACAUAUUCCGCAUGGAUGCGUGAUUUAUCGAGAUUCAAACAAGAAGCGCUUGCUCUUGAGAGACAACGAGAAGAAAAGUUGAAAUUGGUGUUGAAAAAUAAUUUCCAUAAAGUAGUGCAGGUGGGACACAUGCCUCCUAAAGAUGUUUUACAUCAUUUCGAUGAACGCAUCUUUGAGAUAAACCAACAGCUGAGCAGUAACUGUCGCGCAUAUUUAGAACUAGAAGCUCAGUUACGCAAUAAGGCGGAAGAGUGUGUGGCUCGUGCUAGGUCAUAUCUCAAUGAACUGUGCAUUCCCAAAACAAAGCAAGAACGUAUACACAGCGCAGGAUUAUGUUCAAAUCGUACAUUCCAAAGAAAGCGUUCUACUAGUUUGGAUUGUGCAAUAGCACAGAAAUCAUCCCAAGUAACCAUGGAGAAAAUUUUUGAUACGGAACAGUUUAUAACAUAUAUUUCACAGUUAGUUCAAGCUUAUCGAAAGGCCGUAUUAAAAGUUUACCUAGAUUUUAGUGGGCAUUUGGAAAAUUUGCGCAGUAAAUUCGAUGAUAGUACUUUUAUCGACAAACCACGCGAUUCAGUUGUAAUGGAUUUUCAAAGUGCUCUUGAUUUAGCCUUCAAGAAAAUCUGUAAUAAUGCUAGCGGAAACCAGAAAUUGAAUAACACUACUUUAGACAUCACACAUGACGAAGUAAUCAAUAUGCAAAAGUGUUUAAGCAGUUUCGGUGAUCGUCUUCAAAGUACUUAUUCUAUUUUGUAUGAUGCUGGUCACUUGUGGGAUGCUCACAUUCUGCGUUCUGCUCUUGUUCAAAAAUUAACUAUGACUGGUAUUGAAGAUAUGAUGACUGUUCAUGAUUCGUCGGAAUUAUUAAAUGAAGUCAAUUUCAAUGUCACUUUAGAGCAGUUACGCGGUGCUCCUGAUGUAGAUAAACUACGAACACAAUAUAACGCCAUUUUGUUAUUCUUAGAUCGUGCGUUAGAGUUUUAUCACCAACAUAAUCAGACAGAGUUGAAAAAACUAGAAGAUUUUAUGAGUUUACCUCCGGUAAUGUGUAACAUUUUAAAAGCAGAAUAUAAUUGUUUAUUGGAAAAAUAUCCAAAGUCUAAUAUGACGUCAAAUCAAAGCCUUACCGCAACUCCAGAGUUGAGUAGGCGUCAUAUAUUAAUAGCAUUACGGACUCCUUUGCCUGAAAUAGUUUUGCAGACGCACCUAAACGAUAAUACGUUGAAUAAUUGGCGCAAUGGUUUCCUAGAGUCCCUAUCUAGUCACAUGUCGUUAGUGGCCGAUAAGGUAAAUUCCCAAAUGCGCAAAUGGACUGAUGAUCAUAUUAUUCAGAUAAAUAUGCGUUAUUCCCUUAAACUUAUGUCUCAUAGUGUCCGAGCUGAGCGCGCCAAAGCUGCGUAUGAGUUGCGAUUAGCUGAAUUGAAGAUGCACGAUAGUCGAAUCAAUUCUCACAUUCAGGCAAUCCAUGAUGUGGUUGAAACCUUACCAGUAAAAGCGUCAGAGUGUAUAUACUUGGACUCUCCAGAAUUGUAUCCAUUAUGCUAUUGGGUUGAAAAAAUUAAAAAAGACAUUGAUGAGUUAUUGACACUCAACAGUCUGGACUUAGAAAUCAAGAACUUAAAGUUUUCUAGCUAUGCCCCUCGCCUUGCUAAUCUCCACAAAUACUUCAAGGAUUCUCUAGAGGUAGCAAGUGAGAACUGCAAGACGAUGGUAAAAGAGCAAUUGCAAUGUGCCAGGAUUUCCACAUUAGAGUUUAUAUCAAACCUAAAGCUAUCUCUUGAAGAUGGUAAGUUUGCAUCAGCUGAAGCCACCAAGCACAGUUCUAUGUUGUUGAAGGCUGCAGAAAUGCUAGAUCCAUGUUUGACAAAAUCCUUAGCAGCUAUUGAUUCUAGACGGAAUUUAAUACUAGGGAUGGCAGAUCAAUUGCUGUCGCCAUUGCUACGUAUAGUUAGCGACAUAACCAAGGAUACCAAAGUAAAUUCACUGAAUAAAAAGUCUACCACUCGCAGGAAGAAGUAAUGUUUUAUUUUUGAAACUUUGA